AUGACUGGCUGCAUCCUGUGCAUGCGUCGGAUCAGGCUCACAAAGCGGACGCCGCUGGUCAUCACUCCCCGCCAGAGACUGCUGAUUUUCCUAAAUAGACUGCAGGUGUUGGAGCGCAUCGAUAUCGUGCAAACUGUGCUUUCGUUGGUGCUAUGCAGCCUCUACGCCGUGUGUGCGUAUGGUUAUGCCAGUCUGGUUCGAUUCGAGCUGACAGUUGGAGAGGAGACCUAUGGCAUCAGCGGCAACUGGUUUUCGAUGUUGGAGCGAAUCGUCAAUGCGACCCGGGCCUUCUUUGGGGUGGACUAUAUCUUCCAGUUCUUCAUCAGCAGGAACAAGCUUGAGUUCCUGUAUUCCCUGAUGGCCUUCGUGGAUGUGGUGACCUUGGCGCCCUUCUUGGUCUUCAACCAAGUGUUCGGCAUCGACCAUGACACGUCGGUUGUUCUUCGCGUCGUGCGAAUCACCAAGCUCUUCCGGAUUUUGCGAUCCUUCCGCUUCCUCCGCAAUCGACCGGAGGACGUGAGUCGCGAGGUCGCGAUGCUGGCCUUCGGCCUUUUCUGCUUGAUCUUCACGGCUGCUGGCUUCUACCAGCUGAUCGAAAACGACAUGAAGGUGCUGCCGGAAGAGGCAUCCAGUGUCCCAUUCCACGAAGCCUUUUACUUCACGACCAUUGAAAUCCUGGGGCGGCCUCGUAUCGAGCCAGAAAGUCCUGGAGGGCACCUGCUGCUGAUCUUGGUCGUGACCGUGGCUUUCAUCAUCAUCCCCUGGCAGGCGGCAUCGAUCUUGAAGGCUCUGCAGCGAGAUCCGUGGGCUCGGAGGACGAAGUACAAGCGAAUGAGCGACGCACACAUCGUCAUCAUGGGCCACGUGGAGUUCCCCGUGCUCAACUUGCUCCUGUACGAGGCCUACCACCCUGACCGCGGGCCAGCGCGGCCCUGCGACAUCGUGAUCCUGAUCCUUGACCUUCUGGGCCACCCCGCUUACACCGGGCAUGUGCAGUACAUCCAGGGCUCCUCUCAAGUGGAGAAGGAUCUGCACAGGGCCAAGGUCCAUGAAGCAAUGGCAGUGCUGGUUUUGGCUUGCAAGUAUCCUCAAGAUCCACAGUGGGAAGACACACAGGUGGCUUCGAUGGUGCUUGCCUGCAAGGCCUUCAAGAAUGCGCAGCUGCACCGGCAGAAAGCCUUCGAAGGCCGGCGGCGCCUUCGAGUUCUUGCUCAGGUGCUAUCUGCAGACACCCGGGACCGCAUCGUGAACAUGCCUGGCUGGGACAAGCUCCACGACCUCUGUCUGGUCAUCGGGGAGCUCACUGCAGCGAUGAUCGCUGGGUCGGCGCUCCACCGUGGGCUCUCCACCAUGGUUCUGAACUUGGUGAGCCACACCACGAGCCACGCCUAUGACACCAGCACCGAGCACUGGUUCGACCUUUACCACAAAGGCUCUCGCCAGGAGAUCUACCACUGCAGUGUCACAGCGAAGAGUGGCAUCCACGGGCUCAAUCUCGUGGAAGCCGCCUACCACCUCUACGAGAACCACAACAUGCUGCUCAUCGCAGUCAAACGCUAUGGCACCGCUGACGGUGAGACCGGUGGGUGCGUGUUUCGCCUUGCAAGGAAGCGUCGGCUGCUCCUGUUCCCUGGCGGCCACGACACCAGAUUGCAGGAUGGCGAUCGCGUCUACGUCAUCGCCAGCAGCCUCCCCGAAGCCGUGGUGGCCAUCAAACGCCAUGGGCCUAGGAAAUUUGUUGUUUCGUUUAGUUUGGGGUUGCCCGAUGCCAGCCAAAGAAAGGACUCACGCGAGAUGGCCCAGGGCACGACGCUCGUGCGAAAAGGCGAGGGCGACCAACACACCUGGGAGGAAGACAGCAACCCGGACUUCUUCUCCCGUUUGAAGGCGCAUUCCGACUGGAAUAUAAGGACGCGUGGGCUGUCGACCCGUCUGCGGAGCUACUGGUGGAGGCUGAGGUGGCCAGGGGAAUUGUACGAUCCCAAGGACGAGCAAGUUGGAGUGGGGAGCUUGGGCGAAGAAAGCCCGAUAAAGCUGUCCAAGGGCUUCAACUUCCGAGAGCUGGAGCGGAUCCAGAGCGAGGAGAUGUCAUCAGCGCGGACGGAUGCCUGGGACCGCGUCAGCCACCCAACGCAAACGAAGCGAGAGAGAAGAUCAGGGAGCAUCAACUUUGGCCGCGUGGAGUCUUGGACGUCGGAGCGCUCCUUCGCCCCGCUCCCGGCUGUGGGCCACCUGAAGACCGGCAAAGCAGGAACUGUACCGGCGGUGCGUUUGCAACGGCUGGCGUCGCUGCUGCUGGACUACGGUGGCGACCUCCUCACGCUGGAGCAGGCAAAGUUUGUGAACUUGCUGGGAAAAGCAGGGAAGUUGAGUUUGACCUGGCUUCGCUGGGUCUACGCGGUGAGCUUCGACAGUCGUUCUUGGGACUCUAAAGUGCUCGAGACGCUGACCCAGUCCCUGCUGAGCAUGGGCAUGACCACAGACUACCUCAACGAGAUCCGGGAGCACAUCGUGAUUUAUGGGGGUGAUGAGAUGACCAUCGCGGCGACCGUACAGAUGUUGCUCCUUCGGGAUCCUGGCACGGAGAUCGUCGUGCUCAGCAUGGCGUCCCACGAGGAGCGCCACCCCAAGAUUUGGCAGCACAUCUCGCUGGACUCGGUGUACUUCGUUAAGGAGCUGGUGCCCAACCAGAAGGAUUUGCGCGGCGCCUACUUGGCAGUGGUGAUCCUGCCGUGGAUCGACAAGGACUUCGCUCGAGCUUGGCAUCUAAUUCCGGUUGACGUAGCCAAAGCGCCGGUGCAGGGCUGGGAACUCCGUCGCAUGGUGGACUCAGAUACGAUCCUGACGACCAACAUCAUCGCCACGCGCAAGUUCACCCCAGGGGAAGAACUGCGAGAUGUUUGGACAGUGACACAGAUGUUCCAGGAAGGCUCCUUGAACCGCUUCUUCGGCAUGAACCCGGAGGCGCAGGGCGCUACGUCCCUCUUCGAGGACCGCUGGAUGGCCUCGGCGCCGUUGAACAUGUCGCCCCUGUUUGCAGCUGGUCACAUCAUCGCAACGACGACAGUAGACCGGUUUCUCAUGGAGAGCUUCUUCAACCCAGAUGCCAUGGUCAUCGUGGAGCGCCUUUUCGGCCUCGCUGGGCGCCUCUGCUGUAGACAGGCGCAGCAUGGGCUUGGCAGCCCGAGCUUCGCCAACCAGCCUUGUGUCUUCCAACUGCCUGCCACGAUCAAGACUAUCUCCUCCUGCAGGACUUUUGGGGAAGCGGCGAACAUGCUUAUCUCGCAUCGCGAGCCGAUGCUUCCUUUGGGCGUCUUCCGCUAUCCGAAGGGCAAUCCGUCGUCUUACUCUAUGUUGGUGAGCCUCCAUGCAGCCGAGGAGCUGGACUUCCGAUCCCCGCAGUACGGUGUCAACGAGACCGGUGUGGAGGACAAAGGCAACGAGAAAGCGUUCUUCCUGUCGGGUGCAGGCGACCACAUGUCCAACCGCCUUCCGUUCGUGAUCACCAACCCUCCCAAGGAGCUCGAACUCCUCCCGACCGACCUUAUCUUCGUGCUCGGGCGCCCCCGCCAACAGCCGGAGGGCGCUCCCGAGGGUGCAGUCCCUGCAGUCCCUGCAGGCCGGGUCUGGGACCCUGGGAGCCAACGCUAA